AUGAGCAGCGGCGGCGAUCUCAAUCAGGUCGUUGCGAGGGCGCAGCUGGUGCGCGAGAGCUUGAUCAAGAGCCAGGGUAUCACCGAUCAAAUGCUGCGCAUCCUGGGAUCGUUCGAUCAGCGGCUCUCGGCGCUACAAACGACAAUGCGCCCCACUCAGGUUCGAACGCAUGCUAUCAGGAACGUUCACGAUAACAUCGAUCAAACCAUCAAUGCAGCAGAAACAAUACUCACUCAAUUCGAUGUUUCUCGUCAGGUUGAGCCGAAAAUCGUCGAGGGUCCACUAGAUGACAUAUCCACAUACCUGGGUGCUGUUGACCAGCUCAAGACCAACGUCGAUUUCUUCAAUUUCCAUCGGAGUUUCCAGACAAGCGACGCGGCUUUCAAGCAUGCAAGGAAUCUCCUUCUGAAAGCCAUGACGAAACUGGAAGACAAAUUUAGAGAGCAUCUAACACAACACAGUAAGCCGGUUGAUCCAGCAGAGUUGCUCAGAACUCUUCCAAGUUCCAUGCGGCUGCAAAAUGCGUUUGGAGCGUCUGGUGAGACUUUGAUGAUUGAGAAGGUUGUGCAUGCAGGCUCCGGUGCGGAUAGAGCGAAAGUGGAGGAGACUCUUCCAUUAACUUUGCCAGUCGUUAUUGCCCCAAAGGCCGUUCCUCAGCUGGCGGAUAUGGCCCAAAGAAUGAUCAAUGCGAGCCAUCACGAGCAGUGCAUUGAAGCUUACAGGGAAGUUAGAUCUUCUUUCUUGGAGGACAGCCUAAGGAAGCUUGGAGUGGAGAGCAUGACCAAGGAGGACGUGCAGAAAAUGCAGUGGGAAGUUUUAGAGUCAAAAAUUGGAAUCUGGAUUCAGUCUAUGAAAGUCUCGGUCAAACUCCUGUUUGCUGCAGAACGUAAGACUUGUGACCAGGUUUUCUAUCGUCUUGAACCGCACCGAGAAGAGUGCAUAGUUGCGCUUCUGGAACCCAACUUUAACCUGCUUGCGAGUUUCGGCGAGGCUGUGGCCAAAAGUAAGAGGUCCCCCGAAAAGCUUUUUGUUCUGCUUGACAUGUAUGAGACAAUGCGAGACCUUUUACCCGAGAUCGACAUUAUCUUUUCUGGAGAGGCAACGGCCCCAUUACGAGAGUCAGCAGCUCUGUUGACGAGCAAGCUAUCUCUGGCUGCUCAAGAAACGUUCGAUGAAUUCCUCGAAGCUGUGGAGAAGGAUGCGACGAAGACACCAGUACAAGAUGGCACAGUGCAUCCUCUUACUAGCUAUGUUAUCAACUACGUGAAGUUCCUCUUUGAUUACCAGAAGACUAUAAGGCAGCUCUACAAGGAAAGCGAUGAUUUGGACAAGAAAGAGUCUCACAUUGGACAGAACACACUUAAGAUCAUGGCGGCCUUGCAAACUAAUCUCGAUGUGAAAGCGAAACAUUACAAGGACCCCGCGCUCUUGUCCCUUUUCCUUAUGAACAACAUCCACUACAUUGUUCGCUCGGUUAAGAAGUCAGAAGCAAAAGAUUUGCUGGGAGAUGAGUGGAUUCAAAUUCAUCGCAGAAUUGUCCAGCAACAUGCGUCGGCAUAUCAGCGUACCUCUUGGGUGAAGGCCCUUCAAUGCCUCACUGCCCAGGGACUCUCUUCAUCGUCUCUGGGCGCUCCAGCCUCUAGUGCGGAAGCUGGCAGUGGAGUUUCUCGAUCAAUCUUGAAAGAAAGGUUUAAAACUUUCAAUCAACUCUUUGAAGAUAUGCAUCAAAAACAAUCACAAUGGAGCAUCCCAGACGCUGAGCUCCGUGAAGCUGUUCGACUUGCCGUGGCAGAGGUUUUGCUCCCAGCCUAUCGCAACUUCUUGAAGCGCUAUGGCCCUGCGCUGGAAGGAGGAAAAAACCCUCACAAGUACAUCAAGUACACACCCGAAGAUUUGGAGAAAUUGCUGGCAGAUUUCUUCGAAGGAAAGGCUCGAAAAUCUCAACUCUUUCAAAGCUAAAGUAAGUGGCAUUUUAUUUGGAAAAAAAAGCUUUUUGAUUCAAAAGACGAACGAGUACAAAGCCUCUCCGUUAUCGGUACUCCAAGAAAAUUACGUAGCCUACAUCAGCAGUUGGCGGCGACGUUUUGCUUCUAGUGC